AUGAGUGCCAGCAGACAACACAGAACCUCCAACACGAACGUCACCACAGCCGAACGCAUCAGCGAACUCACCAAUGAGGACGUCCGAAAUCUAACGCUCCUCCUCCACAUCAAGCGAGGCGCCACUGCCGACGAAGCAUGGUUCAAGGAGCGGACAAGAGUCAUGAGUAAGUUACCAUCAAAGCUUUUGAAGCCAACAAGCCCCUUCUCUCUUCUCGGUCUCAAGCUGCACGUUGGUGGCGAACAAGCAACGCUGUGCAAGUGUCACAAGGCCCUCAACCCUCGUUUAAUCCGCUGCAUCUUCAUUCAACUCAGGAAGGAAGUCACGGUGCGAAACGAGAGACUUGCAAGGUGGCCUUGUCCCCAGACUGUCGAGUUAUGGCUUAGACGAGUCCAUAAGAUCAACAGUCUCUGGUUGUCUCCUGAAAUGUAUCGCACGGCUUUCCAGGUAGCACCUUGGGAAGAGCGGUACGACCCGGUAGUAAGCGAAUGCGAGGCCUGUAUCCUUUCACGCAUCGGUGGUGAUGUCCAGGCUCUUUUAGAUCUGGAAAUUUCCGCUUGGAGUCGUCGAAAGACUGGCACUCAUGACCCGAGACUUCUGCGGUUUACGGAUGCCUGGCUUGACUGGUUCAAGACCAAGGAAGAUGUACGGGAGAAAAACAAAGACUUUGGACGAGAGGUAAGAUCCGUACGUAAGCUUUGUUUGGAAGAGCGAAGACAACAACGCAAAGAGCGAGAGGGCAACAGUGGAAAGAAGGGAAAAGGCAAAGCUCCUGUGCCAAGGUCAGAGGGUCCUAGACCAAGUUCUGCAAGCAGUUUGCAACGAGAUUACUCACAAGCACAAUUUGUAGCCCACGUAGCUCCUCGGGCUCGGGGCCCGUUUGUAAAUGCCGUUCCUCCUAAGGAUCCAUUUGCACAUGUUUUCCCGAACCCGUUCGAACAUGCCGAUUCAAGAGGCGAUGAAGACGACGACGAUGAGGAUGCUGAUAAUGAGCGCGAUAUCGUUGACUUUUACACAAAACGUUUGUCACAAGCAGUAGGCUCAGGACAAAAUCUACGUGCAGAUGGUAUGCACAGUGCCUUCCGAUCCAUCGCCUCAGACGAGACCAGGAACCCAUACACUUACCAGCCCAUGAAGCGAAGCAACACCACAGCUGGUAAGAGUCAUCACUCCGGUCAAGCAGCCGAACGUGGACAUUUGGGUAGGAGUUCAUCUGUACAAGGUAACUCAUCCUCUUUGCGUCCCCCUACCCAACGUAAACACUCCACAACUUACUCCUCAAGUGUUUACAGCCAAGGAACAACCCACGCGGAGAGGGAAGGAGCGUACGAUACCAACGCACCUUACGUCCCACCCCUCCGCGUUCCCGCAAAAAAGCCAACACGCACCGCAGGACCGCCUCCAACAUCGUCCAAAGCCAACAAGUUCUUCAAGCGAACCGAACCCGAUGCUGAAGCCGCGUGGAACCACCACCUCGACAAGCUCGACACGUCGGACAGUUGGACGGAUGAUACGGUUCGGAGCGAAGAAACAAUAACCCCAGAGUCCUCGGCUCGUCGAGCCGCGAGGGCGGCACGAACCUCGGAGGAUCACGCGCAGGCUUACCGAGCGUUGGUAGGUCAAGGUAAUUCGCCUACUGUUCGUCCGGGAAGUAGCUCGGGUCGUUCGAGAAGAAGUGGUUCGAGACGUAGAGAUGUGCCGUCUGAUAGGAUGUCGCAGGAUACACAAGGUACUAACUGGGGUAACUUCUACAAGUAA